AAGAAGGCCCAUAGUAAAGCAGAAGUUAAAAUAUUAACACUACCAAAGGCGAUAGUAUAUGAAGGCCAAGACAAGAACCCAGAAAUGUGCCGAGUUCUGCUCACGCAUGAAAUAAUGUGCAGCCGCUGUUGUGACAAGAAAAGCUGUGGCAACAGAAAUGAGACUCCAUCAGAUCCAGUGAUAAUUGACAGGUUCUUCUUGAAAUUUUUCCUCAAAUGUAACCAAAAUUGCCUAAAAAAUGCAGGAAACCCUCGAGACAUGCGUCGAUUCCAGGUCGUGGUGUCUACAACAGUCAAUGUUGAUGGCCACGUGUUGGCAGUGUCAGACAAUAUGUUUGUGCACAACAAUUCCAAGCACGGGCGGAGAGCUCGAAGACUCGAUCCCUCGGAAGGUACGCCUUCUUAUCUGGAACAUGCAGCUACACCAUGUAUCAAAGCCAUCAGUCCAAGUGAAGGAUGGACUACAGGAGGUGCCACUGUCAUCAUCAUAGGAGACAAUUUCUUUGAUGGGUUACAGGUCAUAUUCGGCACCAUGCUGGUUUGGAGUGAGCUGAUUACUCCACAUGCCAUCCGUGUACAGACGCCUCCCCGACACAUCCCAGGGGUUGUAGAAGUCACAUUGUCCUACAAGUCUAAGCAGUUCUGCAAGGGAACGCCUGGAAGAUUCAUUUACACAGCUCUGAACGAACCCACCAUUGACUACGGUUUCCAAAGGUUACAGAAGGUUAUCCCCCGGCACCCCGGUGACCCCGAACGCUUGCCAAAGGAAGUAAUACUUAAGAGGGCUGCUGAUUUAGUAGAAGCACUCUAUGGUAUGCCACAUAAUAACCAGGAAAUAAUCCUGAAAAGAGCCGCAGACAUCGCCGAAGCGCUCUACAGCGUCCCCCGCAACCACAACCAGCUCCCCGCCCUCGCCAACACCUCCGUCCACGCGGGAAUGAUGGGAGUGAAUUCCUUCAGUGGCCAGCUCGCUGUCAAUGUCUCUGAAGCCUCCCAAGCCACCAACCAGGGUUUCACUCGUAACUCCAGCAGCGUGUCACCUCACGGCUACGUGCCAAGCACCACCCCGCAGCAGACAAACUACAACUCUGUCACAACAAGCAUGAAUGGCUAUGGCAAUGCUGGAAUGUCAAAUUUAGGCGGUUCUCCAACCUUCCUGAAUGGAUCUGCUGCCAAUUCUCCCUAUGCCAUUGUGCCAUCAAGUCCGACGAUGGCCUCCUCCACUAGCCUCCCCUCCAACUGUAGCAGCUCCUCCGGGAUUUUCUCCUUCUCACCAGCCAACAUGGUCUCAGCGGUGAAACAGAAGAGCGCGUUCGCGCCUGUCGUGAGACCCCAAACCUCCCCCCCUCCCACCUGCACCAGCACCAAUGGCAAUAGCCUGCAAGACCAGUCUUUUGUGGACUCUAGCAAGUACUCCACUGCAGGGUCUCUCCAGGGGCUGGCCUUCUCCUGAACUAUAUCUGGCAUGAUUGUUCCCCCCAUGUGAAAGAAUUGCCUUGAAGAAUUUUAUUAAUGAAGAGGUUGAAUUCUGCUUCAGAGAGAAUCUGAUACAAGUCCCAGAGUGGAACUUUUUACUCAGGCCUUUUUAAAAAUAAAAAAGAAAUAAAGAAGGAUCUUACAAUAACUGCAGAUUUUUAAACGAAACAAAAAUCACCAUCCUUGCAAAUACUGAAAUUAACAAUCCACAAUUGCAAGGUGUUGAUUCGAGUUGUCCAUCCCAAAUACCUGGGAGAUAUAUUUAUUGUAUGUUGAUAAAAAAUCCACUUUUUUUUUUUUUUUCAGGGGGUGGGGGCUUGCUUUUAUUUCCUUCUGUUUUUUUGUGUUUUGUUGGGUUUUUUUUAAGGCUUGAUUUAACUCAACACCAUUUGUCUUUUAUAAAUCAAACAAUUACACAAGGGACACUAGAGAUGGAACUCCACAUUUUUAAUUUAUGAAUUUUGUUGUUUUUUUUUUUUAAAGCUGUGUAAAGAAGAAUAAAGUGGUGUCAUUUGCAUACAAGUCUGUUUGGGACAGAAUAGAAGUGCCAGUUAGUUUUUGGUAGAAGAAUUAUGGCCAUUUAAUAAAGGGUCGGCUCAUAUAUGUUGGUUAUCCAGUGGUGACUUGCUGAUAGGAUGCAUUUUUAAUGUUCUGAUUAAACAGAUAUCACUCCCUGGAAAGCUGAUAUUUUUUGGGUUAUGAGGGCAGGGUGAGGGGUGGGAUUAGUCUUUAAAUCAGGCUGAAAAAUGGUGUAGAUUAUACAACAGAAAAAAUUCAUCCCAGAACGCCAGGUUGGAAGGGGACCUCAAGGUCCAACUUUUCUUGUCAAAAAGCUGGUGGAGGGGAAGGGAAGGAUGGAAAUAUCAGAAAUGUUUCCUCUGGAGGUGCAAACCCAGUAGAUGCAAUGCCAGACCUGCAGGAGGAGGUGAGCACCCCUCUCUUUUUGGGUGAUAUCUCAGACCCUCCAAGCUCUCCCUUCCCCAAGGGCCUCACCCGGGCUCUGCCCUUUGGGUUUGUUGUGGGGGGCACAGACUGGGCCAUCCCUGGGGGGUUUCCAGCUGGCCCCUCUCCCCCUGAGAACCCUCCUGGUUCUGCUGGGGCUCCGUGGGGCAGCCCCAGGUGAGGUUUGCACCCUCCCCACCCAAAAUCUCUCCUGGCCCAAGCUCCCACUGGCAUCGCUCCUGUAUCAGUCGACCCUCCCAGUUCAUACCAGGCUCUAUCCAGGACAGGGAUCUGCUUUUGAGUAGGGAAACCUGAGUUUGGGGGUGGGUUUCAAAUCAAAACCAUAGCUUCUGUUUUACCACAAAAAAAUUUUGCUAUCAUUAUCUGGGAAGUGUUCUUAAAAAUUAUUAGUCAAAGAGGCAGCAAAGCUCUGAAGAUGCAUUACCUGAUAUUUUUUCUUUGCUGUUGUGUUUUGUAUGUAGUUAUAAAUACUGUAGAUUUUUUGUGAUUUUUUGCCAAAGUUGUUGUUCUAUUUAUACAUUUUAAUGUCUUAAGACAGUUUUUCAAUAUCACAAAAAAAAAAAAAAAAAGAAUUUUACUGCAUAUUUUGCAAAAAGAGCUCACUACCUUUAGCUUGCACAUACUUGCAAAUUAAUUAAAGAAAAAAAAAGCUUUUUGUUUCUGUUUUUUGUUUGUUUGUUUUACGGGGGAUUUUGUAAAAUAUCCAUAUAAAUAAUGUAUUUAUCUUUGGAA